UGCUGAAUAAUACAAUGGUAAAGUAUACUAAAAAUGAUUCAUCAUCAAAAUCAUCACCAUCAUCAUUAUCAUCAUCAUCAUCAUCAUUGUUGUCGAUUGAUGAAAAAACCGCUAUCCUAUACGGUGUUGAUUAUUCAAAAAGAAAAUCUCUUAAAAAAAUUAUACAAAAAUCACUCAUCAUUCAUCAUCAUCAUCAUUAUAGGCGAGGAAGAGAUUCAAACAACAAUUGUACAUCGAUUUCAUCAUCAUCAUCAUCAUCACGACCAACAAUGGCAAUGAAAACAUUAAUUUUGUCAUUGAUAUUUGUGAUAUUUAUCAAUAUGGUCAAUACCAUUUCAGCCUUAAUCUAUGAUGGUAUAAGCGAAUAUCAUGUGAUUGAAGGUGAUAGUAUAAGUUUACCAUGUAAUAUAACCAAACAGGAAUGGAAUCAAAAUCUAAUAUCAUUAAUCGUAUGGUAUCGAUCGAAAAAUCAAGGCAUACCAAUAUAUUCGAUCGAUACACGGACACAACAACAACGUUUACGACAUCAAAUAAUGCCUGAAUUAAAUGGCCGUGUUCAUAUGGAUUUUCAAACCGAUCCGCCAGUAUUAAACAUCAAUGAUGUUCAAAUUGAUGAUGGUGGCGAUUAUCGUUGUCGUGUUGAUUAUCGAAUGAAUCGAACCAAACAUUUUCUCAUACAUCUUAACGUGUCGGCCAUACCAAAAAAUGUUACUAUUCGUGAUUUACUUGGUAACAAAGUCCAAGGACUAAUUCGUAAGCCAUACAAUGAAGGCGACAAAGUUAUACUAUUCUGUGAUGCUAUUGGUGGUUCGCCACCACCAGUUGUGAUUUGGAAAAAUAAUGAUGGAAAAAUUAUUGAUGAUUCAUAUGAAUUUUUUAAUACUAAUGAUGAUAAUCAUACAAGAAAUCGUUUGGAAAUACCACAAAUAGAUCGAAAUUAUUUACUAAAAGAAAUUAUUUGUGAAGCCUAUCCACCAUCAUUUAUUUUGACACCAUCAUCAUCUACUAUUAAUACAUCUUUUGAAUUGAAAACAGUUUCUGAUUUCGCUACUGAUAUUAUUGAUGCUACUACUACUAUUACUACUACAGCUACAACAACAAUGACUACCUCGAAAUCUUAUGUCAGUCAUAAUACAAUUCUUGAUCUAUCAAAUAGAAUUAAUGAUAAUAGAAAUCAUAAUCGUCACAUUCAUCACCAUUCAUUCAUACGAAGAGCAACCAUUGUACUCGAUUUGAAUUUGAGGCCAUUAUCUGUUCAAAUUCAAGUGCCAGCCAAUUUUCAGGCCAAUUUGAAUCGUUCUUCAUUGCCCGGAACUUCAUUAUCAUCACCAUCAUCAUUGUAUGUGUCUUUACCAUCUGGUUUUGUACUGCCAUCAUCAUCAUCAUCAUCAUCAUUGUCAGCAAUUGGUACAAUAACAACAACAUCAACAACGUUUGGUAAUGUUUUGGUCUUGUCAGCCGGUAAAAAAACGGAAAUUGAAUGCCGUACAUGGGGAAGUCGACCACCAGCUGAAAUCACUUGGUGGAGAGGAUCUAGACGUUUGCCAACAGCAGCUUCACGUUUGCAUUUUACCAAUGGAAAUGGCAAUACUGUUGUUAGUAGUUCAUCAUUUUCCUCCGAUUUAUAUGCAACGGAAUUACCAACUACAUCAUCGGAAAUACAAACUUCAGCCAAUCUAUCCAUCUCAAUAUUGACAUACAUAGCCGCACCCGAAGAUGAUGGUCAAAGGUUAACUUGUCGUGCCGAUAAUCUACAUUUAGAACAUGAAGAAAUUGAAGAUUCUGUCAUCAUUUCGGUUAGAUAUGCUCCACAAUUGACGCUAUCAUUAGGAGCAAAGAUACCUGAAAAUAUUCGCGAAGGUUCAGAUGUUUAUUUUGAAUGUGCAUCAAAAUCAAAUCCACCAUUAUCCGAAGUUGUAUGGCUUUUUGAAGGCAAACCUUUAACCAAUGAUCCGGUCUCAGGUGUUUUGGUUACCAAUCAAUCAUUAGUAAUGCAACGAGUCCGUCGUGAACAUCGUGGUAAUUAUCAAUGUGCUGCAUCAAAUCCAGAAGGCAUCUCGGCAAGCAAUAAAGUGUUUCUCAACGUACACUUUGCUCCAUUAUGUAAACCAACACAGACCAUAAUUUAUGGUGUUGCUCGUACCGAACAGAUUCAUGUAUCAUGUGAAGUUGAAGCCGAACCGGUAACACCAAUACAAUUUCGUUGGUUUUUCAACAACUCACUCGAAAGUUAUGAACUAUCUCGUAAAGAUUAUUCACUUGAAAUACUUGCACCUAAUUCAUCGAUUGAGAAGAGUAAAAAAUUUUUCAACAAUCCACAUAUUCUAAGUCAAUUAUCAUUGGAAAAUGUAUUCAGUACAAUUGCAUCAAUGAAUCAUCAUGAAGAACCAAGCGUUGCUCGUAGUAAUGCAACAUAUUCUCCACGUAGCCGUAUCGGUUAUGGUCUAUUAUAUUGUAUGGCAGAAAAUUCUGUUGGCAAUCAACGUGAUCCAUGCAUUUUUAAAAUUGUUGAAGCAGGCCCACCAAAUUCGGUUCAUGAUUGUCGUAUUGUCAAUGUUACAAUGGCAUCAUUCAUACUGGAAUGUGUACCCGGCGAAAACGGUGGAUUACGACAAAUAUUCCAUCUAGAAGUCUAUAAUAUUGAAAAAGAACAUUUACAAGUAAAUGUGACAGCUCGUGAAGAACCAGUGUUUGCUGUUGAAAAUCUUCCACAUGAUACGGCAUUUAUGUUGAAUGUAUUCAGUUCAAAUGCCAAAGGACGGAGCGAUUCAGUAACGUUACGUACAGCAACCAGUGCAUAUGCGGCCAAACAUACUACCAAUGGUAAAAAGCAAAGAGCCAUCAUAUUAGAUGAUAUCAAUCAUUUGAUCAUCAAUCCAAUAUUUGGUGCAUUGAUUGUGGCCUUAAUUUCAUUGGUUCUAUUAUGUUUAGCAACAAUGGUCUUUAUACGAAGUCGAUUCUGUUCAAAUGCUCAUCAAUCCUCUUCAUCUAGUGAUCAUCGAAGAGACACAAAACAUUCGGCCAAUAAUAAUGGAGAAAGUAGUGAUUCGAAAAAAAUUUGUACAUCUCAUAAACAUAAGGAUAAUGAAAAAUUCGUAUCUUUAUCUCAUUCGCCAACGCUGCCUUCAACAUCGAUGAAUCAAUUUCUUAUCAGUUCACCAUAUUCAUCCGAAUCUCCAAUGAAUCAGACAGCUACAUUUUUUGAAUAUCAAACACAUGGCAUGAAUGGAUCGAAUGUUAAUCUACAAGAAAGCAAUUCUACGCCGAUGGCAGAAAUUUCUUCAGUGAUAAACAAGCCGCAAUCAAAUCCUUAUUAUAUGACAACUUCGGCUAAUACAGAAUUUAUACCACAAUCUUUGAUACAUAAUCCCCGAUAUUCAACGGGUUCAAGUGACCUUAUGACCAAUGCUUUCACUUAUAAUGUUGCUACGACCGGUACAAAUGCAAUUUAUCCUAUUGCUAAUGAUAUUGUUAAAAUUAGCUCGAUUACCUGUCCAUAUAAUCAAACAAUCACAACAGCUUCACGACGUGUGCCUCUGUUAAGACCGAUCGCUAUCGAAAGUAUAUCUUCAUCAACAUCAGACAGAACAAUUGAUGACGAAUGGACCCAUUCGAAAAAUGAUAAUACAUUAAUACAAUCAACUAAUAGUAUUAUCGUACAGAGAAAUACUCCACAAUUAGCUCAAUUUACGGUACCACCAUGAUUUACAUGGGUAAUGUUUCGCAAAACGAAAAUUGUUGCCCUUUCUUGGUAACAACACAUAUGAAUCUAUUGUUGUAUAUUAUAUUUUGACUUUGAACGGAUAAGAGCCGAAUCAUGAGAAAACACUUGAGAUAUAAAGAGAUUUUAUCGUAAUGAUCAUUAAGAGUUGAUUAUAUUGGCUGAAGUUGAUUGAUUAUGGGAAAAAUAAAUUUGUUUAUUGGCAAUGAAAAAUGAAUGGUUUUAUUUUUUUAGUAUAAAAGAUGCAACAAUUUCACAGUAUCAUCAUCCAAUUGUUCUUCUUCCUUUUCUUCUUUGCCAAAAUAACGACCGAAAAACAACCAAAACAAUCAAAAUGAUCAAAUUUUUGUGCAUCUUUGCUCUCACUUUUGCUGUCGCUUCAGCUG